AUGUCCGUCGACGCCAACCCUCUUCUGCCGCUCCAGGUCGCUUUUGCUGCGCUCCUCGAGGCCUCGAUCCAUCCAACAAUCGACGACGAGCUCGCCUCGUUUGGGUCGGCCGAUCACGCCACGCUGCGCUUCGCGGUGGAGCGUCUACCGCCCGCCGGUACUUCGGCUGCACUCCUAGCAGCGUUGCAGUUUGUGUGCCAAGCACGCGCGAUCCUCUCCGUGUGCAGCGAUUACAUCGACCAACAUAGCGGACCGCACGAAACCAUGGCCCAGCUCGCUCGGUUGAUGCCGCAGAUAGCGUUGAUGCGCGCGAGCAGCGACGAUAAUGACGCCGACGACGAGCUCUUUUUGUCACCGAGAAACGAACCCGUAGUCGUGCCCUACACUCGGCUCCAAGGGCUUUGGAGCCCCGACGAGAGCGACGAUGCGACGGACGAAGAGCCGACGAGCAUGUCACGGAUGACCAAUGCGGAAGGCAGCGAGGCGACUAGUGCACUAUACGCCCUUCCCGUCGACGUUGUCAAUACCAUCGCGUCCAUGGUCGAUGAGUCGUCCAAUCUCAAGCUCCAGCUGCACGCGUUGGAAGCGUUGGUCACCUACAGCACGUCAGCACCCAACGGAGACAGCGGCGCCUUGUAUGCCGAUGCGCGGGUGCUGCCGUGUGUGUUGCACGCGAUGCGUGUGCUCGCACAUAGCAAGCGGGCGCAACUGGCGGGUCUCUCGCUCCUCGGCAAUCCAGGUUUGGGCGCGCUACCGGCGCAUGCGUCGACGCAAGACUGCCGACGAAGCAUCCUUGGUGCCAUGCAGCGCUUCCCCACGCAUCCAUCGCUGCAAGGUCUCGGGUGUUUGGCCCUCGCCAACUUGUGCAAAAAUCCAAGCGGCGUCCUCGACACGGUGGCCAAAGGUGGCGUCGACACGGCCAUAGCGGCCAUGAAGCACUUUCCGACCGACCCGACAGUACAAUCUUCGGGCUGCUGGCUUCUAUCUACGAUAUGCGCCGUGGAUGAGGAAAUGCAAUACGCCGUCUUGGAUGCUGGCGGCAUGGUCGUCGUCGAGACGGCAGCGCGCUCACUGCCCGACGACCCGCGCGUUCAAGAUCACGCCAAGAUGGCCCUGGAUGGUAUGCUUCAGAAGCACCCGAGUCGCGACGCGCCGCAGUGCUUUCUUCAAUGA